AUGAGCAGUCUCCGAGUCACCGAAUGGCACAGACUGCCUGUGAGCCUUCGAGAACUCUGCAUCAACACCACCCUCCGCUGCGGCCAAUCGUUCAGAUGGAGGAAGUCUGCCGACGACGAAUGGUCAUGUGCUCUACAUGGUCGCAUACUCUCUUUGAAACAAGACCCUGAAUACCUCCAUUACCGCGCCAUCUUUCCAUCAACCCCUGCUCUCCCCACGCCGCCUCCCUCCACUGCUGUAUCAGUCGCAGAGUCUGCACCGCCGGACGUGGACGACACCCUCGACUUCGUCAAACACUACCUUAAUCUCGGCCCAAACCUUACAGAGCUCUACGAGCAAUGGGCGUCCGCAGAUCAAAACUUCAAGAAGAAGGCGCCGAAGUUUGCCGGUGUCCGAAUACUGAAGCAGGAUGCCUGGGAAACGCUUGUCGGCUUCAUAUGCAGCAGCAACAACAACAUAGCUCGCAUCUCCCAGAUGAUGGAGAAGCUUUGCAUACACUACGGACCCCUGAUAGGACACAUCGGGUCUCAAGCAUUCCAUGAUUUCCCACCCCCGAGUGCUCUGACUGACCCGAAGGUGGAGCAACACCUCAGACAGCUGGGUUUCGGCUAUCGGGCGAAGUAUCUGUACCAAACAGCUGUCAUGGUGGCGAAAGACAAGGGUGAGGGCUGGCUGGACAGCCUGCGCAACCCCGAAAGCCCGCUUCUUGGCAUGAAAGCGCAGCCCGCAGGGGACAUGAUAGAAGGAGGUCGCGAAGGUUAUAGAGAAGCGCAUGAAGAGCUGUUAGCGCUCCAGGGCGUUGGACCCAAAGUUGCGGAUUGUGUCUGCUUGAUGGGUUUGGGUUGGGGCGAAGCUGUGCCUGUAGAUACCCACGUCUGGCAGAUAGCGCAGCGUGAUUACAAGUUUGGCAAAGGCAAGCACAGUAGCUUGACAAAGGCGACAUACGACGCGGUGGCCAAUCGCUUCCGUAGCCUGUGGGGCAAAGAAGCUGGCUGGGCGCAUUCGGUGCUUUUCACAGCUGAUCUGAAAGCGUUCGCUGAGCGGCUUGUGGCCAAAGUGGAUGAGAAAGUGGAAACUCAAGCAGUCAAACUAGAAUCUGACGGUACAGUUGCCGUGCAACCUCUAAUCAAGGAGGAGGUUGUCGCAACGAAACGUAUAAAGAGGGAGCUUGAGGAGAAGGAAAAUCCUGUUUUGGAGGUACACGAGAAGGUCGUGAGGAGAACCAAAAGGAACAGAAGAUUGUAA